AUGGAAAACACAAAUCUUUCUAAUUCUAACAACAACAACGACAACAACAACGACGACAACAAAGAAAACACUCCUCCAAACUCUUCAAAACAAACCGAUCCAAAUCUCGAAACGACGUCGGUUCCGUCGAAGAAAGUUUACAGAAGAAGAAAAAGAAUUCGAAAGCCCCUUGAAGAUAUCACUUAUUUACAUAAAAGCUCUGUUCAGUUGACUUUAGCUGUUGAAGAAGAAAAUAGUGAGCCAUUGCCAUCUGCUUCAAAUUCAAGUAAUUUAGCAGCAAAUUCUAAGAAGAGAAAAGCUUCUGAACAAGAAGAUAUUGAUAAAUCUAAUCCAAAGUCCAAGUCAUUAAGAUUUGAUUUCAGAUAG